UACAGCAACUCGGCGGGGAUCAACUACGAGACCCUGGGCCCCGAGGAGCUGCGGACACUGCUCACCACGCAAUGCGGGGUCAUCUCUGAGCACACCAAGAAGAUGUGCACCAGGUCCCUGCGGUGUCCCCAGCACACGGAUGAGCAGCGGAGAUCGGUCCGGGUUUACCUCCUGGGUCCCUCUGCGUCCCUGCCUGAGGCGGAGGGCAGCGUGGAGAACGACAGCUUCGAGGUGGCAGAGAGCCAGGCCAUCAUGAGCCGGCUGCAGUGGGACGGCUCCUCCGACAUCUCACCCUCCGACUCAGCCUCCUCAAAAGCCAGUACCAACAACUCAGAGUCCCGCAAGACCAAGAAGAAGAAACCCCACUUGGGGCUGGUGAGCGGCGCCCCAGGGCUCGGCUCCAGCAAGAAGAAGAAGCCCAAACCCCCCGCGCCCCACACCCCCAGCAUCUACGACGACAUCAACUGAGCGCAGCGGAGCUGAUGGGGCGGGGGGACGGACAGACAGAUGGACACGGG